GUUACAGUGUUGUUGUUAUUGUUAAUUUGUAUUGUAUUACAAGUGAAUGGUAUAGUAGGACAGGGAGUUGCCGGAGUUGCCGGGGUUGCUGGUGUGGCCGGUGUGGCCGGUGUGGCCGGGGUUGCCGGUGUUGCUGGUGGUCCCAGCCGACCGGGUACCGAUGGAACCGAUGCAACCUCCGGAACCGAUGGAACCGCCGGAACCGAUGGCGGUUACGGUUGUCCCGGCGGAGCUGGCGGUGCCGGUGGAGCGGGCGGUGCCGGUGGAGCGGGCGGUGCCGGUGGAGCGGGCGGAGCUGGCGGACCGAGUGGAUUGCAAGGACGGGGCGGAUUGGGCGGCAAGGGAGGCCUGGGUGGAAAAGGUGGCGGCGCUGCACCCGGUUGUCUGGCCGGUUUGGACGGUAUCGACGGUAUAGCGGGAGUUCCUGGUCAUCGUGGUCAUCCUGGUGGUCAGGGAUUGAAUUGAAAAAUUUUAUUUUAUUUUUUUUGUCUAAUUAUAUUGUUGUUAUUAUUAUUAUUAUUA